CGGAAGGACGAGGUGGUGGACGGCCCGGUAGGCGGCUGACGGCUCCGCAGCCUCGUGGGAGAUGCUGAGGAGGGAAGCCGGCGGUGGGAGUGGAGCCGGUGGGGACCAGGAGUGUCUUUUUCACCUGGUGCCCUUCCCUUGCGAUCUACUCCUUCCCCCGUUGACACUCUCCACUUGGUAAGCCAGCCUCUACCCUGUUGCACUAACCCUCCCUGUUUUAGUAUAUUUGUUUUAAUUAGGAUUUUAAUUGAUUGUCAAUAAAUUCAGUGCAUUGUGAUUGAACCACGUCUCCUGCCUCAAAUGUGUGGUGAACUUGUAUGUCUUUAAGGUGACCACUACCAGUCGAAUAAUUCCUUGGUUGUAAGUACCAAGGUGGCGUUGUCGGUAACUAUUUUAAGCUGUCAGGUGAAUCCAUGCCCGCCUCUUGACAUUUUUGUCUAGCCCCCCACGCUCCACUCGCCUCACCUUGAAUAUUCUCCCUCGUGGACACGGAUAGCUGGAAGCACAAUGAACAUGUAGUUCUUGCCAAAUUACUUUCUUUGUUCCACAUAUGCUCAGUAGCUUUGCAUCUACUGUUCCAUGCAUGAUAGUGAUUAAUCAUCAUUCAAGUAACUGCUGUGACUAAAUGAGUUGAUUGUAAAUGUACUAACAGAUAAAGUUGUACUUUAGCUGUAAUACCUGGCUGCACCACAUCACUUGGACUUCCAUCAGUUCCGUGUUGACAAGCAGAGGGCAUUGUGGGAGUUUAGCCAGUAAAGUGCAACCAUGAAAAAGUCUCCUGUGAUGAUUAAUGGCUGCUGGUUAGAGCUUUCAUGUUUUCCUGAAGCAGAAGUUUAAUUCAGUGUCACUCAGAGCCUGCUGAAUCAGUCACAUCAUGAUGUCUCCUGGCUUCGUUUCAUGGAAAUGAUAAUUCAGUUCUUUGUUAAGGCCACCAAUCAUUUAAAAUGUGCAUCCCCAGCACAUGAACACGGCAGCUCUUGUAGGUCAGUUGGUGUGCAGGUUAACAGCUGGGAUCCAAUUUUAGCAGACUUGAGCAGAAAACAGUCUACUGACGCAUACACAACCGUUCCAGAGUUUGGGAUCACUUAGAAAUGUAAAAUAUGACUUUUGAACGGUGGUGUAUGUAGAUCUAUGAAGUCCUCUCCAGUACUCGCUGCAGCUCAAGCACACCAGCUCACCACGACCGCUCAAACACUGCAUUAUGAUUUCCAUAUCCUUCUGUACACUACCGUUCAAACGUUUGGGGUCAUCCAGACAAUUCCAUGUUUUCCAUGAAAGCUCCCACUUCUAUCCAUGUGCUAACAUAACUGCACAAGGGUUUUCUAAUUAUCAGUUAGCCUUUCAACACCAUUAGCUAACACAAUGUAGCAUUAGAACACAGGAGUGAUGGUUGCUGGAAAUGUUCCUCUGUACCCCUAUGGAGAUAUUCCAUUAGAAAUCAGCCGUUUCCAGCUAGAACAGUCAUUUACCACAUUAACUAUGUCUACACUGGAUUUAUCAUUUAUUUAAUGCUAUCUUCAUUGAAAAGAACUGAUUUCAAGAAAAAGGACAUUUCUAAGUGACCUCAAACUUUUGAACAGUAGUGCAUAUUUAUAUAAUGUCAUAUUUUUUUUUAAAAUUAGGCAUGUAAGAUUAAAUAAUAUUGAUGAUAGCUCAUGUUCUUGGUUCUCAAUGAAUCAGAACAUUCAAUCAUCAAAUACAAUCAUUUUCAUAACAAGCUGCUGUGGAGGCAAAACCUUUUUGUUCUUUGCAAUAAAUCUUUUGUUCUUUUAUUCAGAGCUCUGAAGGUACAGGUGACACAGAGUGCAAAGCAGUCUAUGUGUCAAGUCAAACUGGAAGGAGCUGAGAACUCAAAGGAGAAGCAUUUACGCACAGGUCCUACACUCAGCUGGGGCGGAACCAAUCUGCGGCUGCAGGUUUGCCACCGGCGGCAUAAAAGGGGACACACGCAGCACUGAGGAGGAACUGAGAGAAGUGACCGUGUUCAAACAAAGUGGCCGUGAGUUUCUGUUGGGAAAGCAUCAAGAUCUGCGGCAAACUGUGCAGGAUUGCCUUCAUCUCCAAUAUCAGGGUUGCAGCCGUUUGGCAAGACCGCUAAAAAAACAAGGCAAGAUUCAACACACAUGGGUAUCCAACUGCAAGAUCUUCAUAAAACUUAACGGAGCUCCGGAGGAUGCAAAAGUGAUUGUCGUGAAAAGCAUGCAGGACUUGGACAAAUUCAACUGACAUAAAGGCGCUCUAUAUGGGCUAUGUGAGCACAUGUAUUACCUGUCCAGGUGAUCGGCAGGAGGAGGAGAGUCUGACGGAGGAGCAGAGGAGGAAAAGGGGGGGAAAAAUGAAAUCUUCACAAAAAAAAUGUAAACACAGCAAUGGAGUGAGAUGUCAGACCUCUGAGGAGGAUAAGGAUGGUUCGGCAACAACAGCAAAAAGAGAUGAAUCCCUCAGUUGUGAGCAAUGUGGCAAGACUUUUAUCACAGCAACAAAGCUAAGAAUUCACAAACGUAUUCACACUGUGGACAAACCAUUCAGCUGUGAUCAGUGUGGAAAGGCUUUUACUACCAAGGGUAAUCUAACAAGUCAUGAGCUCUUUCACAGUGGAGUUAAACCAUUCAGCUGUGAUCAGUGUGGAAAGGCUUUUACUCAGAAGAGUGAUCUAACAAGUCAUCAACUCAUUCACAGUGGAGUUAAACCAUUCAGCUGUGAUCAGUGUGGAAAGACUUUUACUCAGAAGAGUACUCUAGCAAAACAUCAACUCAUUCACAGUGGAGUUAAACCAUUCAGCUGUGAUCAGUGUGGAAAGGAUUUUACUCAGAAGAGUCAGUUAAAAAGUCAUCAACUCCUUCACACUGGAGUGAAACCAUUCAGCUGUGAUCAGUGUGGAAAGGCUUUUACUCAGAAGAGUACUCUAGCAAAACAUCAACUCCUUCACACUGGAGUGAAACCAUUCAGCUGUGAUCAGUGUGGAAAGGCUUUUACUCAGAAGAGUACUCUAGCAAAACAUCAACUCAUUCACAGUGGAGUUAAACCAUUCAGCUGUGAUCAGUGUGGAAAGGCUUUUACUCAGAAGAGUACUCUAGCAAAACAUCAACUCAUUCACACUGGAGUGAAACCAUUCAGCUGUGAUCAGUGUGGAAAGGAUUUUACUCAGAAGAGUCAUCUAACAAGUCAUCAGCUCAUUCACAGUGGAGUUAAAACAUUCAGCUGUGAUCAGUGUGGAAAGACUUUUACUCAGAAGAGUACUCUAGCAAAACAUCAACUCAUUCACACUGGAGUGAAACCAUUCAGCUGUGAUCAGUGUGGAAAGGCUUUUACUCAGAAGAGUACUCUAGCAAUACAUCAACUCAUUCACAGUGGAGUGAAACCAUUCAGCUGUGAUCAGUGUGGAAAGGCUUUUACUCAGAAGAGUACUCUAGCAAAACAUCAACUCAUUCACACUGGAGUGAAACCAUUCAGCUGUGAUCAGUGUGGAAAGGCUUUUACUCAGAAGAUUGAUCUAACAAGUCAUCAGCUCAUUCACAGUGGAGUUAAACCAUUCAACUGUGAUCAGUGUGGGAAGACUUUUACUCUGAAGAGUCACUUAAAAAGUCAUCAACUCAUUCACAGUGGAGUUAAACCAUUCAACUGUGAUCAGUGUGGAAAGGCUUUUACUCUGAAGAGUCACUUAAAAAGUCAUCAACUCAUUCACAGUGGAGUUAAACCAUUCCACUGUGAUCAGUGUGUGAAAACUUUUACUCAACAUGAACAGUUGUUGAUCCAUCAAUGCCCCCAUUCUGGUAGAAAGCGGUACCACUGUGACUCCUGUGAAAAAACUUUCAAGCGCCAACAGAGCUUAAAAUGUCACCAACGCAUCCACACUGGACAUGAUGUGUACGCAUGUGAUCACUGUGGUGAACCAUUUGUACGGUACUCACAGUUAAAAGCUCAUGAAGUGACCCACACUGGGGUUAAACCAUACUUUUGUGACCAGUGUGGGAAACGCUACAGCUACAUUGCAUACCUCAAAGUUCACCAACGUGUCCACACUGGGGAGAGACCAUACAGAUGUGAUGAGUGUAAGAAGACUUUUAGAACUUUGGAUUCCCUGAAACGACACCAGCAGAUCCACACCAGAAAGAAAGCAUUCAAUCAGUGUCACAGUGAGCAGAACGGAACAGAUGGACAAAACUCUCAGACUUGUCAGCACUCUGCCAAUGGUGAACAGUGCUGCUUUGACCAGUCUGGACCAACGUCCAACCAACAAGGAACCCUAUAACGACACCAGUGUAUGCACACUGGACACAGACUGAACCCCUGCCAAGAAGAUUUCUCCGUGCAGGGUUCAGUAAAAGUUCAAGAAGUCCUCCACAAACUUAAAGUCCUUGAGAUCCGGCUUAACAGAAUUCAGGUCUAAUUUCUUGUUUAGUUAACCUUGCCAGCAAGUUGAUUUCUCGCGAUAUUUGUGAGUUCACAAAUCUCUCAAGAAACCAUCUUGCUCCGCUCCCGCUUUCACUGUUCGGACAGAGCCAAGUUGGCACGGGCCAAUCACGCAGCAGUAUUCGUGUGUGGGGCGGGAUAUCCGGAUGUGAAGACGACACCAAGCGCCAGUAGAUCAAAACAAACAUGGCAGCGGAGGACAACGAUCGUGUAGAUGCUGCUAUUAAGUCAGUUUUAGCCGAAUCUCCUAUCGCUUCUUUGAAGGAAGAACAAUGAGAGGCUCUUUGCGCAUUUCUGGAUGGUAAAGAUGUUUGUGCUUUUUUACCUACGGGUUUUGGUAAGAGUUUAAUCUACCAAUUGGCUCCGCUCGUUGUGAAGAUCCCGCGAUUGGCUAAAAACAAACCUGUCAGAGGCGGGACAUACUGUUGCAUUGUCCAAUCCGUGCCUCUUUCCUCCGAACGGAUUUACAUGAAGCGGUCCCAGAUUGAUAUUGUGGAGUACUAUCAAGUACUACACAAUUAUUAAUCUGGCUAUUGCCAGGUUAUUGUUUAGUGUCUUCGUUGCAAAAUCCAUUAAGAGGAAAGCUGUCGUUAACAGACGUGACUGGUAAAUUAAUUAAACCAUUCAAAGUGGUUACUCAGUUAAAUGAAUUAUCAGUGGUAGAGGGAUAGACGUCUGGAUGGAGGCAGUGAGCAGCAGGUCGAAUUUCCUCGAUUACCACCUUAAUCGUUCCUCAGAUCCCUCGAGGCUGCAGGAACCUGUUAGAUGCAGAGCUUUUCAGUGAUUCUCUGAUGAUUAAUCAUAAUUAAUUUAGGAGAUUACUGGCCUAUCUAGCUAUCUAUCUAGCUAUCUAUCUAGCUAGAAGACUGAACAACCUCUAAUAUUGAACAAGUAGAUCAAAGAAUCUCAGAUUAUGUGUGAGUUGAAAUAUAAAAACAUCAAGUGUUCUAUGAAAAGUCCAAUCUUUGAAGGCUGACAUGUAGUUUAGAAUGAUUUCUUUGUAAAUUUGCUGCAUCCAGUCUUUACCAUGACAUUGGCAUCAUGGAACCAUGACCACAUAUAUACCCCCUGUCAAACGUUUUAGGAAAGGUUCCAAUUGAUUUGAAUGAGAAAGUGUCCUAAAACCUUAGACAGGGGGUGUAUGUGUCUGGAGAUAGUGGCAUUUUUUUUUCUUCCAAAAUUGACUCGUUUGAAAAUGUGGGGGAAAAAAUGUAUAUUUUCACAGUGAAACUCCUGAUGGCCACGUUUUCAACAUUUUUGGGAAAUCUUUGAACAAUUUUAGGUGGAAAUAAAAAGUUAAAAAUAUUUCUAAAGAACAUUCACAUAAAAAUCAACCAAAAUCCAGCGAAAUUCACUGGAUUUUGGUUGAUUUUCAUGUGAAUGUU